AUGGCAAUGUCCUCUGGCGCUGUUACAACUCUUGACGGAAUUUCUAUACGAUAUAUUUUUGCUGGGAAUGCAACUGAUCCUGUGCUACUGUUUAUUCCGGGAUGGGCACAAACGGCAAUCCAGUGGCGGAAGCAGAUUUCCUAUUUCAGCGCCAAGUACCGCGUCAUUGCUAUUGACCAUCGCGGCUUUGGCGACUCUGAUAAACCGGAAUGGGGGUAUCGAAUAACUCGUUUGGCAGCAGACUUGAACGAUAUAAUUCUUCAACUAGAUCUUAAGGAUGUUGUUCUCUGUGGACAUUCCAUGGGUUGCUCCAUUAUCUGGGCACAUUGGGACACUUUCGUUUCUUCUCGGACGCGUAUUUCUCGUCUUAUACUUGUCGACCAAUCGCCUUGCAUAAUCGCAGAUCCAGCAUGGGAUGACGGCGUGGCCAAUUCUCUAGGAUCAAUAUUCACACCCACUACUGCUCUUGAGAUGGGAAACAGUUUACGUGGGGCCGAAGGAAGGGAAUAUGCGGCCGGAUUUCUGAGAUCCCUAUUCUCUCCAUCACUGAGCGCGGAAGACUUUGUAUGGAUGAAGCAUCAAUGGAGCAAAAUGAAUCUCUCUCAUGCAGCCAAGUUAUUAAUAAACCACGCUGCAGAGGAUUGGAGGGAUGUCAUACCCACAAUCACUAUUCCUACGCUCGUUGUCGGUGGUGAACGAAGUGUAUUUGGGAUAAACAGUGCUCGAUGGAUUGCUUCUCACAUCCCACAGAGCAAACUGGAAAUCUUUAAAGAAAAUGAAAGCGGCAGCCACUUUAUGUUUUGGGAGAACGAUGCUAAAUUUAACGAAGUGGUCGAGAAGUUUCUAAGUAAUUAG